AUGUUAGCUGUGGGGGCGAUGGAGGGCCCUCGGCAGAGCGCGUUCCUGCUCAGCAGCCCGCCCCUGGCCGCCCUGCACAGCAUGGCCGAGAUGAAGACCCCGCUGUACCCCGCCGCCUACCCCCCGCUGCCCACUGGGCCCCCUUCUUCCUCCUCGUCCUCCUCGUCCUCGUCGCCCUCCCCGCCUUUGGGCUCCCACAAUCCAGGCAGCUUGAAGCCCCCGGCCGCGGGGGGCCUCUCGUCCCUGAGCAGCCCCCCGCAGCAGCUCUCGGCCGCCACCCCGCACGGCAUCAACGACAUCCUGAGCCGGCCCUCCAUGCCGGUGGCCUCGGGGGCCUCCCUCCCUUCCGCCUCGCCCUCUGGGUCCUCUUCCUCCUCCUCCUCGUCCGCCUCCGCUACCUCGGCCUCUGCGGCCGCAGCCGCUGCUGCUGCGGCCGCCGCCGCCGCCGCCUCUUCGCCAGCCGGGCUGCUGGCCGGCCUGCCCCGCUUCAGCAGCCUGAGCCCGCCGCCGCCACCGCCCGGGCUCUACUUCAGCCCCAGCGCUGCGGCCGUGGCCGCCGUGGGCCGGUACCCCAAGCCCCUGGCCGAACUGCCUGGCAGGACGCCCAUCUUCUGGCCCGGGGUGAUGCAGAGCCCGCCUUGGAGGGACGCACGCCUGGCCUGUACCCCCCAUCAGGGAUCCAUUUUGUUGGACAAAGAUGGGAAGAGAAAACACACCAGACCCACGUUCUCUGGCCAACAGAUCUUCGCUCUGGAGAAGACCUUCGAACAAACGAAGUACCUGGCGGGGCCAGAGAGAGCUCGCUUGGCCUAUUCUUUGGGGAUGACGGAGAGUCAGGUCAAGGUCUGGUUCCAGAACCGCCGGACCAAGUGGAGGAAGAAGCACGCGGCCGAGAUGGCCACGGCCAAAAAGAAACAGGACUCGGAGACCGAGCGGCUCAAGGGGACUUCGGAGAACGAGGAGGACGACGACGAUUACAACAAGCCUCUGGACCCGAACUCUGAUGACGAGAAAAUCACGCAGCUGCUGAAAAAGCACAAGUCGGGCAGCGGUGGCCUCCUGCUGCACGCGUCGGAGGCCGAGGGCUCGUCCUGA